CCUUCCUAUUGAUCAAUUGAGUUUCUGUUGUCGAAAAAAAUCAAAGAGUGACGAAAUUACUGCUUUCAUUAAAAUUCUCUUGCACGGUUUUAGUGCAUUUGAUUAUUGUUGCUAUUUUGCAUCAAUGGCGUACUUCACCACUACUAUGGUCAUGAUUUUGUUAGCCUGCAUUUUAUGCCGAGGAGGAUGCCAACAAAUAACACAGCCACCUAAUGCAAUAGUAGCAUUAGAUGGAUCAGGCAAUUAUACGACAAUAAUGGCUGCAGUUUCGGCAGCUCCAAACAGCAGCAUUACAAAAUACUACAUCCUAAUAAAACAAGGAACCUACAACGAAUAUGUCCAAAUCGAAGAAUGGAAAACAAACAUAGUUCUCAUCGGAGAAGGAAUGGACAAAACCAUAAUAUCAGGGAAUAAAAGCUAUGGAGGUGGCAUCCGGACGUAUGACAGUGCUACAGUAGGAGUGAAUGGGCAAGGAUUCAUGGCGCAAGACAUCACUUUUCGAAACAUUGCUGGAGCUCAGAUGCAACAGGCAGUAGCUUUAAGAGCAACUGCUGAUUCAUGCACCUUCUAUAGGUGUAAAUUCGACGGUUUUCAGGACACCUUAUACGCACACUCUGGCAAGCAGUUCUACAGGGAGUGUACAAUUUUGGGCACUGUUGACUUUAUCUGUGGCGAUGCAGUUGCGGUGUUCCAAAAUUGUUUAGUUGAAGCACGUAUGCCACUUCCUGGCCAAUAUAUUACCAUCACAGCACAACAGAAAAAUGGCGAGAAAGAAGCAUCAGGAUUCGUGUUGCAAAAUUGCACGUUACAAUUAGCAACUCCCGAUGCGGAUAAUGUGACUAUGUAUUUAGGGCGGCCAUGGGGUAACUUUUCAACUACUGUGAUCAUGCAGAGUUCCAUAGACCUAUUGAUAAAUCCAAAAGGCUGGAUAGAGUUUCAAGGAGAGACCCUAGUUCGCCCAUUCUAUAUGGAAUUCAAAAAUAGAGGACCUGGUGCAAACACAACGGGACGUGUAACAUGGGCGCGUAUCACUAAUGAUCCUAAUGUCACAUCAAGUUUCACAGUCAGGAAUUUUAUUCAGGGUGAUAAAUGGAUACCCUCCACAGUCCCACAUUACUUAGAUCUGCUAUGAAUACAAAUGAUAUUGCAAUCCACGAUUUCUGCUAGUUAUAUAUAGCAGUAUAGUAUUUGUUAGUAGUAUUAAUAUGGCUUGCAAUUUUUUCUUUCAGCAAAAUAUGUAGUAAAAUG